AUGAAGACAAACUGGACAAGUUUAUUGCAGUACGAGACGUUCAAAAUGGUAAAAGUCAAAGACCGAAGACUUGGGUGUCUGUACCGUUCAUUCCAACUGGCAAUUUUUGCAUAUAUUAUAUAUUCGGUGCUUGUUAACGAAGGAUAUUUACACAAGGAACCACCCGUUAACGGCGCGGUCAGAAUCUCGCUUCAGGCGCCACAGACAUUGUCAGCUCCCCAAUACUGCAACAAUCCUCUUCCAUGUGUGUUCUGGGGAGCAAAUGAGAUUCAAUUUCCGUCGGAUAAUGCAGGCGUAGCCUUUUUAACAACCCGCGCAGUAGUUCGCCGUUACACGCCCCCUCCUGGCUGUAAUUUUCUAACGCCAUCCACACCAUCCGACCGCUGUAUUUUUAAUGAAAAAACGACGCCUUUCCAAAUCAUUUCCAACCAAUCAUACAUUGGCGACAUUGAAGACUACACACUAAUGAUCGAACAUUCUAUUCGCGGCAAAGCAACAACUAUUGCAGUUCGCAAUGGCUUAAUGGACGGUGAACUCAUGGCCUCGGAUGGAAAGACGGUUGUCAAGUCAUGGACAAACGCGACAAGAAUGGACGAAAACCCGUACGCAGAUGGAGAUAUUAUUAAAGUAUCCGAUUUACUAACAGCUGCUGGAGCAGAUUUAGACGCUCCGUCGACUGCACCGGGUGCCAACAGUACCAAUGGAGAAACAUAUAGAUCUUCGGGUAUCGUCAUUGUCAUUGUGAUUGAAUACAGAAACGUCCAAUUCAAAAAGGAUAAAUUUGCAUACGUGUAUCUUCCUCGAGUCAUAGAUGGAAAUGAAUACAAGGCAGUCGAGAGUCUGUAUCAAUCAGAUGGGUCGUAUAUAUUAAAAGAGAGACAUGGCAUUCGAUUGGUAUUCCAGCAGCAUGGGGAAAUCGGUGAAUUCAGUUUCAUUUCGUUGCUCACCAACAUUGUUGCUGCUUUUGCUCUUUUCAAAGUGGCGACUAUAAUAGUGGAGGUUCUAAUGCUGAACAUCGUACCGGAGAAACGUGUCUAUGAAAAGGCAAAGUUUGAGGUGACGACUGGCUCUGACGACUUGAGGAAAACAUCUGAGAAAAGACUUGAUAAUGAGACGGAAUUAGCAUGA